GUUUGAACGAGGUGCUAAAUUUACCAUUCUUGUGCACAACCACAUUGGAGCUGCUACCAUGGCAGCUUCGGUUGACUCGCUCGGGCGCCAAUUCAUGCGCAUACAGGUAGCUCCCGGCAAGCUGGGCGUGGGGCUCGUGGAAUCCCCUGGCGGGGGUGCGUGUGUCGGUCAUUAUGAGACCGCCUGUGGAACGAUGCAUCCGUAUCAAGCCGUGAUCAAGCCUGGUGACCGCCUCGUUUGCUUGAAUGGCCAAGCCUUGGAGCACAAAUCCCUCGCUGAGGUACAUGACAGCUCGCGUCGAUGCGGUCUGUCCUGAUGGCAUACCAGGUGAUUCGACUCCUCAUUGCCUCCAACGAUAGCCCUCGGGACCUGACGUUUUCACGCACACCGCCAACGCUUGUCCGUGGCCACUACGACGUCGGGAAGGUUGUCCAAGUCGAAAUUGCCCCGGGUCCACUAGGAUUACACCUCCAUCAGGCAAUUCGCCACUGUGCCUUUGUCGACGAAGUCCUCGACACAAGUCCUUUGAAAGGACUCGCCCAUGUCGUGCAUCGUGGGUGUCGACUCAUUCGCAUCAACAAACACGAAGUGUCCACGAUGCCGCGUGAGGCCGUCGUUGCGUUGCUAGCCCAACUCAAGGACCAAACGAAAACGAUCGAAUUUUACCGCAUGGCCCCGGCCACGUGCUCUGCGUUGGUUCAAGUUGAUAUAUCAGAGGGAGAUGGACUCGAAUUGGACGGUUUGACAGUGGCGACGGCCUCCUCCGUGAACGGCCUCUUGGUCGGCGACGUCGUUGCAGCUGUGAAUGACGUGGAUAUCACGACCCUCGACGCCGCUGCUGGUCUUGCCGUGUGGAACAAGGCGCCGUUCCCCAAGCGAGUCAUGUGCUUUCGCGUCAACAAAAUGUCUGAUGGAGGCACACCAGUUCAUCAACCUUCGUUGUCGGUUCGACCAACAAUGCAGCCUUCUCCAAUUCACCAAGCGUCCAUGCCUGACCCGUUGUCCAAAAUCGAAGUCACGAUCGCUGACGCCCAGCUCGGUCUGAAUGUGGAUACCGGCGAGUUGAAUUAUCUUCGCCUGACCGGGUUUGCUACCCCAGCCGACGCCCAAAGGCCGUACUACCAACCGCACCACGACAAGCUUCCAGGACGAUGCGUCGCAAGUGUCAACGGCAUCGAUGCCUCGUCCUUUUCACGCCAUGCUGUACUUGAGCUUCUCGGGAAGUUAGCUUUGGUCCCAAAGACAAUCGUGUUUGUCACGUCGGCGGAUUUGGCCAAGAUGCGUGCUAAGGCAUUACGCGUAACAGUCGAGGUUCCACCGGGCUCCCUUGGCGUGGACUUUGACGGAAACAUAACCAGCAGCACCGUCUUGACCGCCUUCCGCCCUGUCGACGGCGCCCCCGGCGCACUCGAACGCAGCGGUGUCGUCGACUCUGGCAGCAUCCUCGUCGCGAUCAACCAGAUGAAUGUCUCGAGCCUCGCCUUGCACCAAACCAUCGAUUUGCUUAAGAAACUCACGGACAUUCCUAAGCAGCUCACGUUUGUUCGUGGAGGGGUUGUACACGCCGUGACGCAACCCUUCGUGGACGUUUCCGUUCCUCCCGGUCCCAUCGGUGUAGCUCUGAACAGCGCGAUUGCAACAAGCACAAUCGUUCAAGCGGUCACUCCUGGCAGCGCUGUCGAGGCAAUGGGCGUGAUUGGUCCUGGGUCGAUCCUGGUUGCCAUUGACGGCUUUGAUGUGACAGCAUUGUCCCUUGCGAAAUCCACCGAGCUCUUGCGUGCGUUGUCUGGCCAUCGAAAAAUUCUGUCGUUUACUACUUUGUCCAACAAAGGGUUCGUGUGGCCAGCAUCAUUUGUGAUGGUGCCUACGUCGCCGGGCCCACUGGGGCUGCAAUUCGACAGCGGUACUCCCGACGCCGCUGUCGUACAAGGUUUUGUCCAGCUUGAGACAGCAGCAUCUGGAGGUGUGGGCGACGUCCAGAAGCACGGGGGCGUCGCAAUUGGCAGUAGUCUUGUCGGAAUCGAUGGCGUCGACGUCCGCUCGAAGUCCCUCAUGGAAAUCUCAGCGAUUCUCAAAGACAUGGGGAAAGUCGCCAAGAUUCUCUGCUUUUCACCGCCUUCUGACAAGGCCAUCUCCCCGCCGUCGACUCCAAAAGCAUUUCCCCCGACGACGCCAUUCCCACGACAGAAUUCACUCGAAACAUUGCAAAAGCAAAUCAAUUUGUCCGACGACCAAGUUGAGAUGCUGCUGCAGCGUCGGAAAAGUGACAUGUCCGACAAGCCGCCUAUGGUGCGACGCGUGAGCUCACUUUCGUCGAAUGCAAGUGCGGAAGAACAACCGUCGUCGCCGUCGCGGCUGACUCGGGAGUACCAAGUCCGAACGUUCACGUGGCUCGGCAAGUUGAAACCACAAGUGCUAGUUGUGGACAAGGACCAAAAGAGCCUGAACGUGCAUGAUUGGGAUGGAAAGCUCAAGUCCAUGGGUUUCUCGCGCUUGGCCAUUGCGUCCAUUACAGGAGUCACGAAGGGCAAGGGAGGGUUCAGCAAGAAGCACUCAUGGCCGAACAUUGACGACAACUUGUGCUUAUCUAUCGCUGCAGGCAAGUCCGCGUCACACGAGUACAUUACCACGUCCAUGGAAGACCGGGAUGUCUUGGCAGGACUGGUGGAGGCACUCAUGCGGACCACCUCGGCGGUCAAGUAGCACGUGAAAAUGGCAUUUUAUCCGUAUCCGUAUAAAACUACAAAAAUAAAUAAAGUUCGCGA